AUGCCAGGAGACGUAAUUGAUUUAGUUUCUUCCAGUCCACCUCCCCAGUCACCAAAGCCUGUUGCAAACAAAGAGCAUGGACAAAAUAACACGAUACGAAGUCUGGCAGGUGCUGCAGCUGCUGCGAGAGCAUUGUCGUCUGCGACAAAGCCUGUAGAGAAGGAUGAUUGGUUUACAAUAUCCUCUGAUGGACUGGGACCCGAUACAUACAGCCUCCCCAAACGAUCGCUCGAACCACCAAACACCUCUGCCUCUUCAUUUACAAAAGUCACAAAAGUCAGCACUUCAUCGAAACCCGCAGAAUCAAUUUCAAAAAAUUCGGGAGCAAACGACUUCUUCCUCCUCUCCGAUGACUUUGAUAGUACUGUCAACUUUGACGAUUCAUUUGCGCAACAAGAACCUGCCCCAAAGAGAAGACGAGUUUCAUCGUCCCCAGCGCUACUUCCGCCAAAGGAACGCCCAUACCAGCGAUCGAUAUCGAAUAUAGAACCCUCAAAAACCAAGCCACCGCCGGUCCCAAAACCGAAUAAGGCAAAAGUUACGAAAAAUGUCGUAGAUCUCGAUCCGAUUGUUUUUACGAGCUCGCCUGAUCCAUAUGAGAAUAUAACUAAGAAGAGGAAGGACAAGGCUAAGGAUAGGUCGGAUAGGUUUUGGGAGAUAAGUAGUGACAAUGAAGAGAGUGUCUCUCAGACUAAGCCGGUUACGGGCAAAACAACUGCGAUCUUUAAAUCUACGGUCAAUGAUGAUGGAUUUCUCUCUCUGACGGAUGACGAGGAGGGAUUUCCGGAGCUGCACGACUUUUCUUCCUUACCGAAAAGAUCAACUACUUACCAAAGUUCAGCCGCAUUAAGGAAAUACAAUGAUGCAAGAGAAGCCGAGAAAACGGGCAAGAAAGUUGUGAAACCGAUAAGCAGAACUGGAAGUGGCGCAGAGAAAGCGAAAGUAAACACCAAGACUGCUGAAGAGAAGGCAUUGGAAAAAGCGAAAUCCGCAGAAGAGAAAGCUCGAGAUAAGGCGAAAGCAACUCAACUAAAGGAAGCUGCUAAAGAAGAAGAAAAGGAAAGGAAACGGUUGGCUAGAAAAGAAGCUGAUCGACAGAAAGAGUUCGCUAAAGAGCUUGCUAAAGUCAAUACUGCAAAGACUGACAAGAAGGUAUCAACUCCAGAGAUGAUUAUUGAGGUCGCUUCGGCUAUUGAUCCAAUUAUCAAAGCACAAGUCGAAAAGAUGGCUUCAUCACUGCAAGUUGAUUUCAAAGAAUGGAACAGUUCGAAGCCCAUUGUGAAGUGGAAGAGGAAAGUCACUUCGCAAUACAAUGAAGAAUUAGGCCACUGGGAACCCGUGCCUUUGGUGAUCAAACCAGAAAAUCACAUCUUAUACGUCAUGGAAAUGAAAGUACUCGUCGAGCUGGCUUUAGGAAACGAGGAAAACAACCUCGACCACCACGUUCUGCAACUUAAAUCCCAACAUCCAAAUGCCAAACUGAUUUAUCUCAUCGAGGGCAUGCUACCAUGGUCCCGGAAGAACAAAGGCAAUAAAAAUAAACAGUUCGCUGCGGCGGUUAACAGUCAUCUAGCUCCUCCGACAGGCACGCAGAGAAAGAAGAAAAUUCCGGAUUAUGUGGAUGAGGAGAUUAUUGAAGAGGCGCUUUUGCAGUUGCAGAUCGUGCACGAGGCGUUGAUACACCAUACCGCGGCGAGGAUCGAGACUGCGGAGUGGAUUAUGGCGUUUACGCAGCAUAUUUCUACGAUUCCUUACCGCGCCGAAAAAGAAGCCCUCGACACAGCCUUCUGCAUGGAAUCCGGGCAGGUCAAAACGGGCGUCGACGCCGAAGACACCUUCGUCAAGAUGCUCCAGGAGAUUCUGCGCCUUACGAGUUCUUGCGCGUAUGGUAUUGCGGGCAAGUACCCGGAUGUGCCGGCGCUGAUUAGGGGGUUUGAACAGCAUGGACCGGGGAUGUUGGAGGAUUUGAGGAAGGUUGCUAAUAGGAAUGGUGCGGUUACGGAUAAGAGGAUUGGACCGAGUAUUUCGAGGAGGGUUUAUAGUAUUUUUAUGGGUAGGGAUCCGGGGAGUACGGAUGUUUGA